AGAUCGUGCCAUUGCACUCCCAUUUGGGCAACAAGAGCAAAACUUGGUCUCAAAAGAAAAAAAAACUUUAUUUUGUGCAUGAUGUAGCCAAAUGUUUGAAUGGAAAAUAGAAAAUGAUAUCUAUCUUUAAAUUGGUUUUGUAUAUUUCCAAAGGGAAAAAAGAAAACAGUGCUCAUUCGUAGACACAAUUGAACAGGAAAUUUUUUUUCUUUAGCUGGGCAUGGUGGCUUAUGACGCCUGUAAUCCCAGCACUUUGGGAGUCUAAGGCAGGAGAAUCGAUUGAGCCCAGGGGUUCGAGACCAGCCUGGGGAAUAUACUAAGCCCUCAUCUCUACAGAAAAUACAAAAAUUAGGUGGUUAUGGUGGUGUGUGUCUAUAACCCCAGCUACUUGGGAGGCUGAGGUGGGAGAAUCACUUGAGCCCAGGAGUUGGAGGCUAUAGUGAGCCAUGAUUGUGCCACUGCACUCCAGCCUGGGUGACAGAACGAGACCUCGUCCCUUAAGAGAAGAAUUUUUGUCUUUGUCUUUAAUGUUUUGCUCAAAGAAAAGCAAUAUCUAAUAUCUUUUCUCUUGUUGUUCAAAGGAAAGCAAUAUUUAAAAGGGCAGAGUUUUCUGCAUUUUCUAAAGGGAACUUGGGACGUGCUCUCCCCUGACGCGCUGCUCUUGAGUGCCAUCCAUGAUCGGGGUUAGGUUUGGAACAGAGGGAGGAGAAGACAGAGGCUUUUUUGGGAUAAGUGAGCAAGAGGCGGGAUGGAUGAGGAAGUGAGGUUAAAUGAGACCCGUUCUUCUAAGAGCAAGGAGAGUGCCUGGCGUGGCUCCUGAUUUUCUGUGGCGGGCGGAGGGCCCCGGGCAGCCGCUGAUGCCCUGUGGGGAGGAACGGAGGCCACUCUGCAAAGGGGCCUCUCGCUUUCAGUGUCUUCAUCUCGGAAAACAGGCAGUCAGGAGCCCCCAGGACGCUCUUCCCACCACCAGGGAGUCCCAGGAAAUUCACUUAAACACACGAGGGAGAAAGCAUCCUGGCCAGAGGUCAUGAGUGUAAGGGAGUUUGGUUACAGUAGAUCCACAAAGGAAGAACUGGGUAGGGGGCAUUGAGGGGCGCCCUCUGUCAUCCUGAUAGUUCCAGCGUCUGCAUUCUAGUGUGUUCUAGGAGGCUUACAUCCUUCCCAUUUUCUAACUGACAUUGUCCCCUGGGAGGACAGGUUGUUAAAACUACCCUAUAAAUGGAUUUCCUGGCAAGCCUAGCGCAUUUUAAAAGAUAUAACAGGGACAUUUGGGUCCAUUCAAUACAAUUAUUUGGAAGGAUCGCCUGCUUUGAAAUCUUGGGAAGUUCUGUGUAGCUUUAAGAGAUGAUAGAUGUAGCAGCAGAAGCCUCCAAAAUGCUGAGAAACAGGGCCACAGCUAGAGGAGGCGGAUGGAGUGGUGUUGGCGGAAGCAGCCCUGCUAUUCAGGAGUGCCCUCGGGAUACCCCCGGGGAACAAGGAGGUGUGAGCAGCAAGGGGACUUCAACUCACCGAGGACAGGGGGCCUCUGAGCAACUUCUGUGUGUACUGGUACAUCUCCCUGUGCCCCCUCCAACCCACGCACACACGAGGCCUCUCACGUUACAGCCAACUGGGAAGGAGCUUCCAGACAGCCGGCUCGUUCAACCCCUGGUCUACAUGGAGCGCCUGGAACUCAUCAGAAACGUCUGCAGGGAUGACGCCCUGAAGAAUCUCUCGCACACUCCCGUCUCCAAGUUUGUCCUGGACCGAAUAUUUGUCUGUGACAAGCACAGGAUUCUUUUCUGCCAGACUCCCAAAGUGGGGAACACCCAGUGGAAGAAAGUACUGAUUGUUCUGAACGGAGCCUUUCCUUCCAUUGAGGAGAUCCCCGAAAACGUGGUGCACGACCACGAGAAGAACGGCCUUCCUCGGCUCUCUUCCUUCAGUGAUGCAGAAAUUCAGAAGCGAUUGAAAACAUACUUCAAGUUUUUUAUUGUAAGAGAUCCCUUCGAAAGACUUAUUUCUGCAUUUAAGGAUAAAUUUGUUCACAAUCCCCGGUUUGAGCCUUGGUACAGGCAUGAGAUUGCCCCUGGCAUCAUCAGAAAAUACAGGAGGAACCGGACGGAGACCCGGGGGAUCCAGUUUGAAGAUUUCGUGCGCUACCUGGGCGAUCCGAACCACAGAUGGCUAGACCUUCAGUUUGGGGACCACAUCAUUCACUGGGUGACGUAUGUGGAGCUCUGUGCGCCCUGUGAGAUAAUGUACAGUGUGAUUGGACACCACGAGACCCUGGAGGACGAUGCCCCCUACAUCUUAAAAGAGGCUGGCAUUGACCACCUGGUGUCAUACCCGACCAUCCCUCCGGGCAUCACCGUGUAUAACAGAACCAAGGUGGAGCACUAUUUCCUGGGCAUCAGCAAACGAGACAUCCGACGCCUGUAUGCACGUUUCGAAGGGGACUUUAAGCUCUUUGGGUACCAGAAACCAGACUUUUUGCUAAACUAAUGCAUAGGACCUAUGAAUUCAAAUAUCUCUGUUAGACCUGGGGCUAACCAGGUGGAGGUCGGAGCCCAGAAAUGACCCUUUCUCCACCACACCCCUCCUUUUAGGAUGCCUGGGGUCUCCCACAGGGCUGUGAGUUGCCUCGACAUAUGACUCAGGACCCCGACUGUUACAGCUUAGUUCAGAUGUAAGAUGCUCUGAGGACCCUGCCCCCACCCCUGCCAUUGUCAUUAGGAUGUCGCUGGCCUUUGCUUACCUCAUAGGGGAGAGAAGACUUAAGAUUUGCAGUUUGACAGCCCAGCAGGGAGGACGCAUCACACAGCGUUAGGAGCCAUUUCCCUCAGGUGUCAAGGAAGGGGAUGCCCCUGAGGUUCUCCUGGCUAGUUGGGGUGGCCUCACCCGUCACUGGGUCACUGGUUGGUUGCAGGAACAGCACCCAGCACUCUGAGGAGGGACAGAGAAGCAAGGGGACUGCUGAAACCACAGAGGCUUUUGCAGCAUCAGAUCUGAGGAAUAAAACGGCACCUCUGGCCUUCAUUUGUGUGCUGCUACGAUUGUGGAGGCAAAGCAUUCUUUCUGUGACUGUUUUGUUCCCGUGGUCAGCGAUGGCCAGAGGGUGGUGUGGUGUGUGGGGGU